GUGCUUUGCUGCACAGAAAGAGACGGACUUUCCUUCAUUCAAACAUGUGGCUCUUGAUUGCCGUACUGGGUCUGGUUGUGUGGGCAGGUGGUACAUACUGGUACCUGUUUGGGAAGCCCAGCGCCUUCUCCUCAGAGUCAGUGAGACCGCCUGGACCUCGAGAGUUUGACCAGAAAAAUCGAGACAAGAUCAUCAAGCAAGGUUUCAGUGCUUCCAAAGUUCCCAAGAACCUGGAUGUGAUCGUCAUCGGCAGUGGAAUCGGUGGGCUGACAGCGGCAGCCACGCUGGCCAAAGCUGGGAAGAAGGUUCUGGUUCUAGAACAACAUGAUCAGGCAGGAGGCUGCUGCCACACCUACAUAGAGAAAGGCUUUGAGUUUGAUGUUGGCCUUCACUACAUAGGUCAGGUCCACGAGAACAGUCUCCUGCGAAUCGCCUUUGACCAGAUCACUGAAGGACAACUGGAGUUUCAGGAACUUAAUCCACAUUUUGACACCGUUGUGAUCGGCCAGGGCAAAGAUAAACGAGAGUACACAAUAGUUUCUGGUAAAACGGAAAUGAAAACCCAUCUGAUGAAACAGUUCCCUGAUGAGACCGAAGCCAUAGAGACGUUCUUUAAAAUCAUGAAGCUCUCCGCUAAGAAAACCCACUAUUUGGCCACUCUGAAGCUGAUUCCUCAGUGGCUGUCUCUGUUCCUGCUGAAAUCUGGAAUUGCAAACCUUGUUUCUCCUGUUUUCCGUCUCUCAGGCACAUGUGCAACAGAUUUUGUGAACAAUUUAACCACAAAUAAAGAUCUUCAAGUCAUCUUUUCCUACUUUUUUUAUGGUGUUCCCCCAAGUGACUCCAGCAUUCUGAUCAAUGCCCUCCUGUUUCACCACUACAAACGUGGCGCCUACUACCCCAAGGGCGGCGCCAGUGAGAUUGCGUUCCAUAUCAUCCGCACCAUUCAAAAACAUGGAGGGAACUGUUUAGUCAGAGCUCCUGUUUCUCAGAUCCUGGUCGAUGACAAGGGGGCAGCUUAUGGAGUGAAGGUGAGAAGAGGCCUCGAGGAGGUGGAGGUUCACGCUCCUGUGGUGGUUUCAAACUGCGGCAUCUUCUCCACCUUUGAGAAACUGCUCCCACCAGAGAUUCAAGUCAAACAAGAGAUCCAGGACAGACUGAACAUGAUGAAACACGGCAGAGGUUCACUUUUGGUCUUCUCUGGCUUUGAUGGAACUGAGGAGGAGCUGGGCCUGGUGUCCACUAACUUCUGGCUGUACAAGGACAAUGACAUGGACAAGUCGAUGGAUGAAUUCUUUGCUUUAAGCAAAGAGGAGGCCCCUGACAACAUCCCCAUGAUGUUUAUCACAGUGCCUUCAGCCAAAGAUCCAGAGGCCAAAAUACGGCAUCCAGGAAAAUCCUGCAUGACCAUACUCACCAUGGUUAAGUAUGAAUGGUUCGAAGAGUGGAAGGACACAACUGUGCGCAAAAGGGGGGAUGAAUACAAUAACUACAAAAUGAGAUUUGCUAAGAACCUCUUUGACUGGGCCUGCACUUUAUUCCCCCAAAUCAAAGAUAAGUUGGUGUUCCAGGAUGUAGCCACUCCACUCACAAACAUGCACUACUUGGGAUCUCAGCGGGGUGCCAUGUACUCUGCAGAGCACAAUCUGGAACGUUUUUACGCCAAGGCAGUUGUUAAGAACAGGUGCAACACCCCUGUCAAAAACCUCUACAUCUCAGGCCAAGAUGUGUUCAGCUGUGGAAUAGCUGGUGCUCUGCAUGGAGGACUCCUCUGCGCCUCCACAGUGUUGGAUCAAAUCGUCUAUAUCGAUUUGCUUCUCUUGAAGAAGAAGUUGAAGAGGAGAAAAGCCAGAGAGCUGGCCCACCAGGCCAAGAAGAAGCUGCAGUAAGAGCUCCAUUGCUUCCCUGCAGGACAGAGUAGAAGCCUUACAAACAUGAUGCAGGACUUUUCCUGACUGAAUCUAAGAGAAAAAUAUAGGAAAUAUUGUAUGUCUUGGGUGGCAAGCUAAUGAUACAGUAAAUGUUGUGCAGUCUGUAUUUUAGCAUCAAUUUUUUACAUUGGAGUAUCAAACUGAACCUCUAUGGGUGCUUGUGUGGGAUUGGUUGAAGUGGGACCUUUUUUAAAAGGUCAGGGGAGUAUUUUUUAGUUUUUGGGUUCAAACUGGUGGAACUGAAAAUACAUCACGCAAUACUUCAUUGUGGCAUUUUCCUCAUGAUUAAGGGCAUUUAAAAAGAAGAUUAAGCUCAAUAUUGCAUUUCUGAGCAUUUCUUUAUUGAAAUUGUGGUGAAUCAAGAGCAGACGAAAAAAUGUUGUUUGAAAAAGAUCAUACUUGUGAUGUAAGAAAACGCUGGGCGGGCCAUAAGCUUCCUGCUCCGUCCCAUUCUGAAGCAUCCAAUUGUAAACAAAGAGAUCCUUUUAUAUCAUUGUUUUCCUUGUCCAUGCUGGCAUCUGGUUCAAUAGUGUGUAAACAGAAAGCUCUCAGCAACGAGGAGGGGCUGGGGGGCUGGGUUGCAACAAUAGUCCCAUCCACAACUACGAGGCAAAUUUCAGAAUUUCUGCAGAAACUAUGUCCUAGAAAACUACACAGGUUGCCAAAAAAACAACAAAAUCUUAAUUAAAAGACCACUUGGGACUCUUUUAAAAUAGAUCAAAAGGUGCUCGGAGUGAGUCCUGUUAGACAAAAACAUGGGAGGAGAAUGUUUUGUUGUUCUUUCUUGUGUUACUCCUAAUAAAAAAAACGUUUUUCUUCCAAA